AUGGCGACUCGGAGGCGUGUGCCCGGCGUCCCUUCCGAGGGCCAUCCCGAGCAGCCGCCGCCGGUCGGAAGGGCGGUAAUGGCCGCGCACCACCAGCGGCAGGUACCGCCACUAAUGCAGGCCCAUUCGUACCGGCUUCCGCCCCAGAAGGCUAACAAGGAAAAACGAAAACGACCGCUACGGGAGGCGGGGCCACGUUCGACAAUAGCCUGGGCCAGGUCGUGGGUCAUCGACCUCGCGGCUGUGGCUGCAGACCUGGGGGCAUGCAGCGGCGUGCCAGACCAACGGGCGGGUUACCCUCCCGGACAUGGUUUCCGACCUUCUUUAACAAGGUGGCGGCGUGGCGUCGCCAAGUCGCAGGUCCCUCCGCCUCCGCCUCCACCUCCACCUCCGCCUCCGCCGGGUGACAGGUGCGCCGCCCUUGUCUCGCUGCCAGCCGCAGCCGCAGCCGGCCGCCAGCCGGUGAAAUGCGGUUUCCGUGCGGACGCCACCGCCUCGCUCUACAACAAAUAG